UCACGUUUCAAGCUCUCUAUUUAAGCACCUACUCUCAGUCAACCUAAACCAGCCUCGCGAAUUCAUAAUAAUUAAUCAACAUUGCUAGCAUCUAAUAAUGGAAGUUGGACAAUACAGCGAUGAUAGUUUCGAAAAUCAACCACAGGAUAUCUUUUCUCUGUUAUCUGAGGAAAGCUUGGCUAAGUGCUCAAAUGGUUUUUUACUCUAUGGCGCUGCACUAAAGGGAGACUGGAAAACUGCGAGAAAACUUCAUUCAAAGCAUCCAAACUGUUUCGCCGCUGUGGCAAGAAGCUCUAAUAUUGUGGUAUAUUUUAUGAAAUUAUGCACUGAAAUUGAUGCUACAAAUGACUUGGCUUCGAUCAAGAACACAAGCCUUUGUCUAGCUUUGGCAUCUGGAACUGUUACAGUUGCGAGGGAGAGGAUUCGUGUCCAGCCUGAGCUGCCACUGAUUCGAAGUCAUAAAGGUUUGACGCCAUUCCAUAUGGCCACUUUGUUAGGCCAUAGGGAGAUGGUUAGGUACCUCUUACCACUCACUCUAGAGUAUCUCUCAAACAAGGACCUCGUCGAUCUCUUCAUUAGUACUAUCAAGGAAGAAUUAUAUGAUAUAUCCUUUCAGAUCCUAAACAACCGUCCUGAACUGGCGCUGUAUGAUAAUGAGGAGGCACCGCUGGCGUUGCAGGCUAUGGCAAAAAGCCAGUCGCUAAAGUCUAAUGGAAGUCGUCGAGGACAUCGACUUAUUAGCAUCUGGAGCUACUGCUGCAACUUUUUUAAGAGAAUUGGAAGCCGUAAGGAAAAUGAUCUACAAUUGUUUAAAGCUCUUCUACUGGUAGUACGUUUAUGGGAUGAAGUUUUGAGGCAUCGACGAGAUUGCAAUAAUGUACCAAAACUGAUGAGUCCACAUCCUUGGAAGCUAUUGUUUACUGCAGUAGAAGUAGGCAAUGUUGAGUUUGUGACAACGAUACUUAGUUCUUAUCCCGAUCUGAUAUGGAAACUGAACGACGAACAUCAAAGUAUACUUCAUGUUGCAGUUCAGUAUCGCCGAGAGAAGAUUUUCAGGCUCGUUCUUGAGAUAGAUGUCGUCAAAGAUUUGCUUGCAAUUUGUGUAAAUGACAGUAAUGGAAAUAACAUCCUUCAUUUGGUUGGCCUAUUAUCUCCUGAUGUUUGUUACGGGUUAAGACCAUCAAAUUCAGCCUUUAUCGUGAUGCAUCGAGAGAUGCUAUGGUUUAAGGCAAUUGAAGAUCUUGUACAGCCCCACCUUGCACUAGCUCGGAAUUUUGAUGAGGAAACACCGCGAACUUUGUUUACCAAAGAGCACCAAAAACUUAAGAAACAUGGAGAAUAUUGGAUUGUAGAUACUGCAAACUUAUGUAUUACUCUUGCCAUCCUAGUCACUUUUGUAGUGUUGAUUGCAGCACUUAGAUCGUUUGUAAAACCUUUCAGUCACGGGGCAUGGCAUUGGGUAUUUGCAAUAUUUGAUUCCAUGUCCUUGUUAUCAUCUAUUGCUUCAAUAUUCGUGUUUUCAUCAAUCUUGACUUCAAAUUUCGCUGAAGAAGAUUUUCUCCACUCAUUGCCUCGCAAGCUAAUGGUAGGCCUCACGUUGCUCAUCAUCUCAAUAGCUACUUUGGUGAUAGCACUCGCAGCAACACUUCCGUUUAUUUUUGAAUUCGGCUGGCUCUAUCUUGGCAUUUCUGGCCUCGCUUGUCUUCCAAUCAUCGUCUUUGCAGGAAGCGAUCUCCCUGGAUUACUCGAGGCUUAUCCUUCAACUAUUGAAUGCAACUUCAUUUUCAAGCCUCAACACCAUCAACUCUUUCAAUAGAUUUGAUCAGCUUAAAUUUCCCUUAAUUGAAUAUUUGAAUGUAUCUAAUCCUGUUCUUCCAUAUCUGUAUUUCUUUUUAUUUCGUUUGGGUAGGACUAGGGAGUUAAAUAACAGCAAACCCAUCAAACUACAACUUUUAAAUACGAUGAAACAACAUAGUUUUGGGUGCAUGUAUAUAUUCUACUUGUAAUGUAUAAUACGGAGUAUCAUUAUUUAAUCUUGUAUUCCGUAUGUCCAGACUCCUGAACUUUAAAUACUUUACUACAUGAUCAAUAUUUCAAA